UCUAUGCUGAGUCCACUUCAGAAAAUUUUCAUGGAUUUGUCCAUUUUAUUGGCCAUAGUCUGCGCUCUGUCCUGGAAGUUAGGCACAUCGGCCAAGCAGCCGGAGCCCGGGGAAUGCGUGGAAUCCUUCAUUGAUGUUUAUCCACCUCAGAUCAUGGAGACUUGGUAUGUGAUGAAGCACACGGACAGUCUGGAGGUGGCGCCCACACCCGACUGCCUCAUCAUCAAAUUCGGUCGCAGGAUGAGUUUCAAUUCGGAAAUAAGGAUCGACGUCAUUUAUUCGAAAGAGGGAUCUGCAAAUGCGGCAGAAGUUCCCUUCUUUAGGGGUGAAGUAAAUGUUCGAGGAAAAGAUCCAUUCGGCGUCGAUAUACCAUUAAGUCCGAGAUUUCCUCUCAAUAUAAUGCUUUCCGAUUUCGACGAGGACAACGGGUGCAUGGCGUUCUGGUCCUGCGCUAAUAUUGGAUCAUCUAUGGUUCAAAAAGGUGGAUGGGUGAUGUGUCAGUCCCUAGAAGUGGAUGAAGAAGUAAUCGAAAAGUUGACAGAAAACCUGGUAAAUAUAAGCAACAUGACCGCAAAUGACUUCGGCUGGACGAAGUAUGAUUCGUGCCUUUAAAGUGGGUGAGGCAUCCAUUUGAUAAAUUCUAAACUGAUUAAGAAGCAUAAUCCACAGACUCCAAAA